CAACAGAGUACAAUCACAAGUCCGUCCUUGUUCUCAAUGUUUUCAGCCUUAAAAAUGAAUUCAAUCUGAAUCACCACCUUGAUAUACAACUACGACAACAUAAAUUCCCAUCGGUUUCACAAUCUCUUCUUCUCCAUACUUCUUGACGUCUGCAUUUAACUUGCUAUGGCUCUUCCCUGUCAGCCAACUCCACCUCCCACCCUACAGAAAUCUUCACCUUCCUCCUCAUCCUUUUCCUCCUCCUCCACUUUUUCACCAAUUCCCAGUUUGUCUACAGAGAAUGGAUCCUUCAAGUACUCUUCUAAACCAGAUAACGUGAUCGGUUUUGCUAAAGGGCACGAGAAAUGGCAGUCUGAACUUUCUGUUCCCGUCUACUCAACUUCUGAGGUGAUUGAGAAGAUGAGAAGCAUACGGUGUAAUGAAACAGCUGAAGAGCAUCCUUGCCGAGCAAUGUACUCCAGCUUGAUUGGUGGAAUCAUUCUUGAUCCGGCUCUGAUGGUCAUUCCAAUAGAUGAUCACAUGGUUCAUAGAGGACAUGGAGUGUUCGACACAGCGAUGCUCAUGAAUGGAUGCUUGUAUGACUUGGAUUCACAUUUAGACCGAUUCCUGAAAUCUGCAUCAUCAGCAAAAAUAUCCCCACCUUACCCUCGUGAAACUAUCAAAGGAAUUAUUUUCCUUCUAGCGGCUGCAUCGAAGCUCAAGACUGGCUCAAUCCGGUACUGGCUAAGUUCUGGACCGGGUGAUUUUUUGCUAUCACCUCCAAGCAAAGCAAGGCCAACAUUCUAUUCAGUAGCAAUAGCCAAAGAGUACAACCAAAAACUGGAAGGUGUUAAGGUCAUAACAACAACGAUUCCAACAAAACCUCCAAAAUUUGCAACAAUGAAGACUGUCAACUACCUUCCUAAUGUUCUUUCAAAAAUGGAGGCCGAAGAGAUGGGUGUCUAUUCCUCAAUCUGGGUUGAUGAACAAGGCUAUGUUGCAGAGGGUCCUAAUUGUAAUAUUGCAUUUGUAAGCAAAGAAAGAGAACUUUUACUUCCUAAACCUGAUAGAAUCUUGCAUGGUUGCACUGCUAAGAGGCUGCUCAUUCUGGCAAGUAAACUGAUUGGAAGGGGAAUUCUUAAGAGCGUCAUUACUAGGGAUAUCUCUGUUGAAGAAGCAAAGGGUUCAGCUGAAAUGAUGUUUGUCAGUAGCUUGAUCCCAAUAAUGGCUGUCGUUGAUUGGGAUGGAGAACCAAUUGGAGAUGGUAAUAUCGGAGAAGUGACCCAAGCAAUUUCUGAUCUAUUUUGGGAGGAUAUAAUUGCUGGAACACAAAUGCUGAGGACAAAGGUAGCAUAUUAGUAUUGGCAGGAAGCAAAGUAUUUUGCUUUGACAAAUCUUCACCUCUACUGCUCAAGUUUACAACUUUCCAAAAGCUUGCAACUGAAAA